AAACUAAUGAUCUCAAAAAGAACCUUUUUUAUUUGCAGCUGUCAGGACUUUCCACUUUGCACUGAAGCAUGUCUGAGAUGGCAGAUGGAUUCAGUAUCUCAUGACAUUCCCUAAGGUAUAAACAACACCAACAGAAUAUGAACAAUUAAGAGAAGAUCUAGGAGGGGGAAAAAUGAGCAAGAAGGGGGACGUGCUGACAACGUCAUUACUGCUAAGUUUCUUUAUUCGGUUAUGUUUCAGUUGCAAGGAUCUACAUUGCUUUGGGGACUACAUUGACACAUUUACAUGUAGAUAUGAUGCCGACAGGGAAGAAAAUAGUGAUAUUUCCUAUAUACUCAGCGCAGCAUGGACAUCUGAAGAUGAAGAUUUAAAUAUCUCGUGUCUUCUCACCCAGUCUUAUAACAAACAUGAGCAAACCUGCAAUGUUGAUAUGGCGUACUAUGGCGCAGAGGUUACAUUUAAUAUUUCUAUAACUCAAACCAUCUCUGGGAAACAUAAUUUUACUCAGAUGUGUGGACCCUUCAACUUGAGUGACAAUUUUGUACCGGUAGCCCCAUUUAACCUUACUGUGACAUUUUAUGAGAAUUACAAUAUUUCAUGGAGAACAGCUUAUGAGAGUGAACUACAUUUUCUGAAAAAUGGAGAGUUACAAUAUCAGUUGAGUUACAAGACGGAAAAAGAAUCAUGGAAGACUCAGAAGUAUGUCCAUAUCCUGGAGGAUGAGAAAAAUGUGCAAAUUCUAAAGUCAUCAUUCCAAGAGGAUACAAAUUAUGUAGCUCGGAUCCGAUCCAAGCCAAAAAGUACGUCACCACUGUACAGUGGAGAAUGGAGUGAGUGGAGUGAUUUUGUCACAUGGAGAACUCACUUUCAUGGAGAUCCCAGUUGGACUAUGAAGUUCUGGAUUCCAAUACUGUGUGGAACAACCUUCAUAGCUAUGAUACUGAUGUUUAAACAUCUGCAACUGCCUCAGCGACUUUGGAAGAACGAGUGGGUUUUCAUUCCAAGUCCAGCACCUUUUUUUAAACCACUCUACACAGGACACAACGGCGAUUUUAAGAGUUGGCUAAGAUGCCCUUUAAAUAUGACAACUCUACAAUUUGACGGUGGUGUGAUUUUACCUGAGGUCCUGGAAAUAUCUAGCAGAAGUUUCCUUAAGCCUGGAGUUGAUGACAUUGAAAGACAUGAGAAGAUAUUAUCUUGCAAAGCAUGCAGGGUAAAUGAGUGUGCAAAAUGUAGAUGUAACACACUGUCAAGGGAUAGACUCACAGACCAUAUUUUUGUCGACACAGUGACUAAUGAAGAGGUUCAUGAUAGCUUGCAAUGCAUUGCUAGCACUCAACCCUCAGUUAACUCAGAUGAUGAGGAAGGCCAUGAAAACAACUGUUACCCAUCACUUAGUCUUGACAGUGACCAGGAACAUUUAUUGAAUCAUUUAUUGCCUGAUAAUUCAAACUCAGUUGCUUUGUUAAACUACAAAACGGAACGUGGACUUGAUCAUCAAAGUACUUUAAGGUCCAACAUGAAUAUUUUAGGUGCCAUUUUCCUACCUCUGGAAGAAUGGGAAUUGCCAGCAUCUCAUUCGCCUGAUGAUGUAAAUGUUUUUUAUAACAAUGACAAUUAUGAAUCUUAUUCCCCCAUUUCAGAAAAUAGUAUAGACUUUGGGUAUCCAAGGUUAUGCCUAGAUUUGGACACCAUUGAUAGUGGCUUUGCAGAUUCUGAAUGUGGGAGUCCAGUGGAGAGUGAUGUUUCUCCAAAGUUGUCUAGUUCAGAGUCUUUCAUUGAACAAGAGGAUGUAUGUCAGAGAAAUUAUGUUAAACAAUGGGUUCCAUGUAACUCAUCAAGUAUCAAUGAUUCUGCCAUAAAUUAAAUAUUUUCAUCUUUUUAAUCAGCUUUAUUUAUACAGGUUAUCUUUCACUGAUAUGCAUACUUAAUCCAAAAUGGAAUGUCUUUACUGGCUACAAAAUUGAUGGUCAAAUGUAUUUGGAAUGUUUAUACCAGUGUUUCUCAAUUCCAAUUCUAAGGACCCUUAACAGGAAACAUAUUCAUUAUAUCUUAACUAGAGUACAGGUGCAAUAAUCAAAGGAGAUGAGAUGAGAGCAGGUUAAUAACCAUGGUUACUGAUCAGCUGAUUAUUUCACCUGUGCUCUAGUUAAAGGGACAGUCUAGUAAAAAUUAAACUUUCAUGAUUCAGA